AUGUCUUCCACUGGUGAACUUGCUUGUACUUACGCUUGUUUGAUCCUUCAUGAUGAUGGCAUUCCUAUCACUGCCGAGAAAAUUGGCACACUCAUAAAAGCAGCAAAUUUGAAGGUGGAAUCAUACUGGCCGAGCCUUUUUGCAAAACUUUGUCAGAAGAUGAACGUAGAUGAACUUGUCAUGAACGUCGGCGUCGGCGGAACCGUUGCUUCUACCACCGCUGUAGCCGCUGCUCCCGCUCCUACUACUGAUCACGAUGCCGCCGCUGCACCUUCCGCCAAUGACAAGAAGAAGGAAGAAGUAAAAGAAGAGAGUGAUGAUGAGUUGAUGUUCAGCUUGUUUGACUAG